AUGCAGCAACCACCGGUACCCCAGCCAUCUGUCGACGCUACGCACUCGCCAUUCGCGCGCGCCGAGUCUUCCGAGCAUCUCACGUUUUCGGAGAUGGCGCGCAUCGCCGGCCGCCCGCAGACGUUCGAGGAGAUGUACGCAGUCCCAGAAUCCUUCCUCGAGAUCGAGGUUCGCAACCCACUCACACACGGCGUCGGGCGGCGCAUGUUCACUGAUUACGAGAUAGUGUGCAUGACCAACAUUCCCGCGUUCAAGGUGCAGCACUCGAUUGUGCGCAGGCGAUACUCUGACUUUGAGGCAUUCCGCGACAUCCUUGAGCGCGAGAGCACACGCGUUAAUAUCCCACCUCUCCCUGGCAAGGUGUUCACCAACCGCUUUACGGACGAUGUCAUCGAGCAGCGCCGCGAGGGUCUGCAGCGCUUCCUCGAGAUUGUUGCCGGCCACCCACUUCUGCAGACUGGAAGCAAGGUUCUCUGCGCGUUCCUCCAGGACCCGUCGUGGGACAAGUCGCAGUGGAUCUAG